CCAGGGGCGCCUCUCCUAGGCUGCCCUCAUGGAGUUCCCCCUGGCCCAGAUAUGCCCCCAAGGCAGUCAAGAAGCCCCGGCCAUAACCUUCAGCACCUUCCAGCCCGUGGACUUGAACCGCAGGAGCUGCCAGGGCCUGGGCUUGCUUCCGGGACCCAGACUCCAGGCCCCGAAGGCCGAGGAAGCCCAGCCCAGCCCCAGGGCCCCUGCUGUCCAUGCUGUGACAUCUCUCCAGGCCCCAGGGGCUGCCUGCAGCCCAAAGGACAUUGGGAAGGAGGAGGCGCCUAGGGAAGGAGGCCUGUCCCUGCAGGCUGAGACUCGGGCUUGGUUCCAGAAGACCCAAGCUCAUGAGUUCCUGCAGCACGGGGCAGCCCCCGCUUGGUUCCACGGCUUCGUCACCCGGAGAGUCGGAGCAGCCUUCAGUGACUUCUCCAUCACCCCCAGAGAGGCCGAGAGGCUGCUGGAGACCAAGCCUCAGGGAUGCUACUUAGUGCGGUUCAGCGAGAGCGCAGUGACCUUUGUGCUGACUUACAGGAGCCGGACUUGCUGCCGCCACUUCCUGCUGGCCCAGCUCGGGGACGGGCGACACGUGGUGCUGGGCGAGGACAGCGCCCACGCGCGGCUGCAGGACCUGCUGCGGCACUACACGGCGUGCCCGCUCAGCCCCUACGGGGAGACGCUCACCGAGCCCCUCGCCCGCCAGACUCCUGAGCCCGCGGGACUGUCCCUAAGGACUGAAGAAUCAGACUGUGGAAGCAAAAGCCAGGACUCACAACCUCAGUACACCCCAAUCCUCAAAAAGGAGCAAAGCGCAGGCCCCACGCAGAAGGACGGGGCGGGGGAGCCAAAGCAGCCCUCCCAGCCACCCAGGCCCAAGCCUCCCAUCCCCGCCAAACCUCAGCUUCCUCCCGAAGUCUACACAAGCCCCGCUCCGAGACCCCGCCCAACCCCGCCCCCCAAGCCCUCCAACCCCAUCUACAACGAACCUGAUGAACCCAUAGACUUCUAUGCCAUGGGCCGUGGCAGCCCCAGUGAAGCCCCCAACAACAUUUACGCCGAGGUGGAGAUGAAGGUGCCUGACUCAGGGGAUGAGGACCUGCCGUCCAUCCUCAGGCACGACGUCCUACGGAAGUGCCAGUCCAGGCCGGUCCUAGGAAGCCAGAAUCCAGGUGGCCAACAACUGCAUGCUGAGAACUCUGUGGCUGAACGAGGCCUUCCCAUGCCCCACCAGCCCCUACCCCGCUGGGGGAACACCCUCCCCCACAACCUUUCUAGACAGAUGCUUCAGGAUAGAGGGCAGCCAUGGCUUCCCCUGGGGCCUCCUCAAUAGCUGGUGAGUCUGAGCUGCGGGAGGAUAACUUGGAACAGUGGGUCCAGAGACCUUCACAUACACCUAGGCGCCCUUCUCAGGAAAUGUGGAUGGAACAAACUGCAGGUAAUCAAAGCUGGAAAGGACUUCAGCCAUCAUCUGUUGCAAAGAUGGCAAAAGGUGUCACCUUGCAUGCCAACUCCAAUCCAUUGGUUGUGGCUGCCUAGAGUGCUGCAUUGGAAAGGAUGUUAAGGUCAUAUCUGAACUCAGCGGAAAAGAACACUGUGAUUGAUUAGUGAUGUCUGCCACAGGUGAGAGAAGGGAGAGGGAGCAGUAUCUCCUUUGCCCUUACUGAUCAAGUCCAACUCCCUCACCGUGCAGAUAAGGAACCAAAACCAGAGAGGAACAGUGGCUUAGUCAAGGUCAAGGCCUAGAACCCAGGCUUCCUGAUUCUUCUGUUUAGUGCUCUGUUCCGUACCCCACAUCCAAUAACUCUUCUCCACGGGAAAUCUCAGAGAUUUCCUCAGACAGGAAACCUGGCUGCUUUCCAGAGUUCUGCCACAUGGGGGCCUGGGUGCUGGUUCCCUUCCUCCAGAUCCUAGCUUAGCCCUGUUCCCCUGACUGGCCUGGGCCCCCACAAAGAAGCCUGGAGGUCAGAAGAGCAAAUGUGGAGUCAGCUUCCUUUUAGGGACACACCCACUCACUCUCAAGUGUCUCCAAGAAUCCAAUGGCUCAGUGCUUGCCUCUAAGGAAGUGGGCUAGGAGGGCCCUGCUGCAUCCCGCUGCCCUGGUUUCUCCUCCUGGAGUCUGAUUUCCUUAGCCCUCUGAGCCUUUGCGUCUGGGCCCUGGUCCAAUGCUGCUGUUGUCUGAGGAAUGGUUUGGCGAGAACAGAUGUUAAAACUUGUUUGUUGAUUCUCGUCUGGCUAAUAAAUCAUCGCCAACCACCUCC